GCCCCUCGCGCGCAGCCCGCGGCGGCCAUCUUUACUCAGGGCACAGAGGGUCUCUGCGGCCGUAGCUGCCGGGGCUGCGGUAGCCACUUUAGAUUCGGGCAAGGACUUUAGAUUCGGGCUCUGUUCUGUUUCCGCCGUCCCGCUUCCUGGCUAGGCUGGCCCAGGCAGCCGCGCUUCGAAGGACGCCGCCGGGAGCUGCGGAGCAUGCGUGGAGUGGCAGUGCUAACGGCUGGUGUCUCGCACUGUUGGCCUGUGAAGGUACGUGAAGCUGAAAGCCUGGAAUGGCUGGAAAGGGGUCAUCAGGCAGGCGGCCCCUGCUGCUGGGGCUGCUGGUGGCCGUAGCCACUGUCCACCUGGUCAUCUGUCCCUACACCAAAGUGGAGGAGAGCUUCAACCUGCAGGCCACACAUGACCUGCUCUACCACUGGCAAGACCUGGAGCAGUACGACCAUCUCGAGUUCCCCGGAGUCGUCCCCAGGACGUUCCUUGGGCCAGUGGUGAUUGCAGUGUUCUCCAGCCCCGCGGUUUACGUGCUUUCGCUGUUAGAAAUGUCCAAGUUUUACUCUCAGCUAAUAGUUAGAGGAGUGCUCGGACUCGGCGUGAUUUUUGGACUCUGGACGUUACAAAAGGAAGUGAGACGGCACUUUGGGGCCAUGGUGGCCACCAUGUUCUGCUGGGUGACGGCCAUGCAGUUCCACCUGAUGUUCUACUGCACGCGGACACUGCCCAAUGUGCUGGCCCUGCCUGUAGUCCUGCUGGCCCUCGCGGCCUGGCUGCAGCACGAGUGGGCCCGCUUCAUCUGGCUGUCAGCCUUCGCCAUCAUCGUGUUCAGGGCGGAGCUGUGCCUGUUCCUGGGCCUCCUGCUGCUGCUGGCCUUGGGCAACCGAAAGGUUUCUGUAGUCAGAGCCCUUCGCCACGCCAUCCCAGCAGGGAUCCUCUGUUUAGGACUGACGGUUGCUGUGGACUCUUAUUUUUGGCGGCAGCUCACUUGGCCGGAAGGAAAGGUGCUUUGGUACAACACUGUCCUGAACAAAAGCUCCAACUGGGGGACCUCCCCGCUGCUGUGGUACUUCUACUCAGCCCUGCCCCGCGGCCUGGGCUGCAGCCUGCUCUUCGUCCCCCUGGGCUUGGUAGACAGAAGGACGCACGCGCUGACGGUGCUGGCGCUGGGCUUCAUGGCACUCUACUCCCUCCUGCCACACAAGGAGCUACGCUUCAUCAUCUAUGCCUUCCCCAUGCUCAACAUCACGGCUGCCAGAGGCUGCUCCUACCUGCUGAAUAACUAUAAAAAGUCUUGGCUGUACAAAGCGGGGUCUCUGCUUGUGAUCGGACACCUUGUGGUGAAUGCCGCCUACUCGGCCACGGCCCUGUAUGUGUCCCAUUUCAACUACCCAGGUGGCGUCGCAAUGCAGAGGCUGCACCAGCUGGUGCCCCCCCAGACAGAUGUCCUUCUGCACAUUGACGUGGCAGCCGCCCAGACAGGUGUGUCUCGGUUUCUCCAAGUCAACAGCGCCUGGAGAACUAACAUCAGAGUCAUCUGAAUCAUCAGAAUCAUCUAUUUUGGAAAAAUCGGAUUCAUCAAAGGACUCUCUGGCCAGCAACUGGGAACGAUGUGAACACCACGUGUGGGAACGCUGUGUCUUCUGGGAUUUGACGUUUUCAGCAACUGAGAAUUCCUAUAUUUUGUAAAUGGAAAUACCACUACUAAAAACAGAAUGCCAUAAAUAGAAUGAGGUCUUUUGUUUCCAAAGUCGAUAUACUUGAGCAAUGCAGAAGUCAUCAUGAAAACGAGAGAUUUCGUGGCAAACUUAUCUUGGGGUAAACACUGCAGCUGCAAGCACUGCCGGUGAGUGUUCUCAGGGCAAACAGGAAAAGGGUUAAAAACAAAUGGAUGGAAAAAGGUAUACCAUGUUAAUACAAACCGAGAGAAAGCUGGAGUGGCGACAUUAAUACCGGGUAAAGAUUUAAGAAUAACAUACUAAAUAUAACAAACAACAUCACAAAAUUAUAAGGGGGUCAAUUCAUCCAGAGCGCAUUCUCCCAAAGGUGCAUAUACCUGCAAAGAGACCUUCAAAACCACGAAGCAAAGCUGAGAGAACUAAAGGGAGACAAGAUAAGUCAUCAUCACAGAUGGAGAUUUCCACAGAACUAUUCAAUAAGUAACGAACAGGUACAUAAAAAUCAGUAAAGACACGGAAGAUUCAAAACAACACUAUUAUCCAAGUUGACCUAAUGGGCAUUUAUUGAGCAGUCCAACAACAACAGAAUACACAUUAUUUACAAGUGUACACAAAACCUUCACCAAGACAGACUCUUCUCUGGACAAUAAAGCAAACCUCAAUACAUUUAAAAGAACCAAAAUCAAAGAACGGUUUCUGACAAAGGAACUGAAUAAAACUUCAGCAAUACAAUAAUAUCUGAAAAAAUCCAAACUAUUUUCAAAUAAAUAACACUUUUAUAUUACACGCAGUAUCAAAGAAAAAAAAAUCAAAAAAGUAAAGCAAAUUUAAUCCCAAAGUAAGCAGCAAGAAAAAAACAAUAAAGAUGUGAAAUCAAUGAAAUAAAAAAAAAAGAAAAAAAAUCAAUGAAACCAAACUCUGGUUCU